GAAAAACUUGUGCGGGGCCAUUUUUGGGGCAGUAAGAUCCAACGAGGAGCCCAAGAGCUAGCGCGCAGCCCGAGAGCUCGAGCCGCCUCCGCCGCCAGCGCCUCGAGAUCCGCACCGGCCUCCCGGAGAGCGAGCCCCGGCCGCCGCGACCUCCAGCCGCGCUAACCGCCGACCAACCGCCAGCGAGGCGCCCGAGGGAGAGCGGAGGAGGCGGCAUGAGCGAGGCGGGCGAGGCCACCACCACCACUACCACCCUCCCGCAGGCUCCGGCGGAGGCGGCCGCCGCGGCCCCCCAGGACCCCGCGCCGAAGAGCCCGGCGGGCGGCGGCGGCGCGCCCCAGGCCCCGGCCCCGGCGCCCGCCGCCCUGGUCGCAGGCAACCCCGGCGUGGACGCGGCCCCCGCGGACCCGGGCACCGCGGCCCCCGCCUCUUCGGCCGCCGCGGGCAGUGAAGACGCGGAGAAGAAAGUUCUCGCCACCAAAGUCCUUGGCACUGUCAAAUGGUUCAACGUCAGAAAUGGAUAUGGAUUUAUAAAUCGAAAUGAUACCAAAGAAGAUGUAUUCGUACAUCAGACUGCCAUCAAGAAGAAUAACCCACGGAAAUAUCUGCGCAGUGUAGGAGAUGGAGAAACUGUGGAGUUUGAUGUGGUUGAAGGAGAGAAGGGUGCAGAAGCAGCCAACGUGACUGGCCCAGACGGCGUUCCUGUGGAAGGGAGCCGAUAUGCUGCAGAUCGGCGCCGCUACAGACGCGGCUACUACGGCAGACGCCGUGGACCGCCCCGUAAUUGCGCUGGGGAGGAGGAGGAAGGGAGCGGCAGCGAAGGAUUUGGCGCCUCAGCCGCUGACGGGCAGCUCGCUGGGGCCCUGAGUCAGCGGCGCCGCCCCCAGUACCGCCCCCAGUACCGUCCCCAGUACCCGCGGCGCUUCCCGCCUUACCACGUGGGACAGACCUCUGACCGCCGCUCCCGGGUCUUUCCCCAACCCAACGGAACGCAGGCGGGUGAGAUUGGAGAGAUGAAGGAUGGAGUCCCAGAGGGAGCACAACUUCAGGGACCAGUUCAUCGAAAUCCGACUUACCGCGCAAGGUACCGUAGGGGACACGGGUUCGAGCCCUGGUCCGGGAAGAUACCACAUGCCGCGGAGCAACUAAACCUGUGUGCCACAACUACUGAGCCCGCUCCCUAGAGCCUGCGAGCCCCAGCUACAGGAGCCCACGAGCCACAGCUACUGAAGCCUGUGUGCCUAGAGCCUGUGCUCUGCAGCAGGAGAAGCCACCGCAAUGAGAAGCCUGCACACCACAACGAAGAGUAGCCCCCGCUCUCAGCAACUAGAGAAAACCCACGUACAGCAAUGAAGACCCAACACAGCCAAAAAUAAAUACAUAAAAUAAAUAAAUUUAUUAAAAAAAAAAGAUUAGUGCAGGAGUGUUAUUUUAUUUGUUUUAUCCCUUGUGAAGACUGGAUUGGGCUAGACUCCCUACGAUUCUCUUUAAGCUUUUUAAGCCUUCCUGUUCCUUCACCCUGUCCUUGAGGAGCUUCAUUCCCGAAUGACGUUCAUACCACCCUGAAGUGUGGCAAUAUGGGUUUAUUGAGAGGCGAGUAAGUAUAUUACUUGGGGAAGGAUUUGUACCACUCUACGUCGUCUUUUCUCCCAAGAUUCAUUUCAGUGUUAGACGUAGUCAUUCUAAUGAUUCAUUACAAAGGACUUUGGAAAUAAAAGAGGCUUCAUAGAAAUGUCUUCAGGAAAACAGAAAAAAGACAGUAGUGUAUGUGAACCCCAGCUCUGUCAAUCUCUAGCUGUGUGAUCAAAGUUGCAUUUGACCUUUUUUGACCUAUAAAAGCAGCAAUCCUUUAUGUUUCAACCAAACACUUACCCUCUUUAAAUGUCUUGGUUUUCUUACUGUAAAUCUUAAACUCACAAUAUUAGCCCUGAAAUUAAAUUAGAUAAUUAACGUGAAAACACACCAGCACAGGCUUUGGCACACAGUGAGCGAUGUUCGUUUGUUUCCCACGUCGAAUCCCCUUAGACUCCACUGCAUGCUGUCCGUGGAGGGCAGAUAUGGGAGCGCUUUUGUUUUUUAAUUUUUCCAUCCUCAGUGCCUGUCAAAGUGCCUGGUAGGACCAUAGUGUAUGUUCGGUAUAUGUUUGUUCACAGUGUUCAGGUGAAGGGGGAAGAUGACAGAAAGAUAGGGU